ACAACGGCGCAACUGAAACUUGCUCUCUCAGGCUCACUCCUUGUCCUGCACACAUAUUCACCAUGAAGGUAUUUAGUCUCGCUGUCGUCUUGUCUCCUCCUGGUCAGAACUCUACUAUCCUGUCAUCGGCGACCGAUCUCUCCUCCUUCUCCUUUUAUCAACGUGGUUCCGUUGGCGAGUUCAUGUCCUUUUUCGUUAGGACGAUAGCGGAAAGGACACCCCAGGGUCAGAGACAAAGCGUGCAGGAGAACACCUAUACUGCUCAUGUGUACAACCGCGGAGGAGCAGAGCAACUUGCAGGCGUCAUCGUUACUGAUCAGGAGUACCCUGUCAGGCCUGCAUUCUCAUUGCUGACGAAGCUUCUUGACGAUUUCAUUGCCAAAGUCCCCCAGUCGUCAUAUUCGACUCCGGCCGUGAUCAGCUUCCCCGAGAUCAAUACGUAUCUUGAGAAGUACCAGGAUCCUCGACAGGCUGAUGCGAUCAUGAAGGUUCAGCAGGAGCUGGACGAGACCAAGAUUGUUUUGCAUAAAACCAUAGAAUCAGUUCUACAGCGAGGAGAGAAGAUCAAUGAUCUGGUAGAUCGCUCGAACAAUCUCUCUAUGCAAAGCAAGAUGUUCUACAAGACCGCGAAGAAACAAAACGCGUGCUGUGUUAUCAUGUGAUUAGACCUACAUUCACUCUCGGACAUUAGUCUUAGUCCACUUGCCUGUUCUUCUGGAUUCCUUGUACAUUUUUUGAUGAUACUCAUUUUAGUUGACAACCUUCUAGCCUAUACAUUUUUGAUACCCUAAUGGCAGACUUCAUCUGGAUCAUAAUGUGCAUUGUGAUGAAGAAUUCAUAUCCAGAGAAUAUGACAUUGCACUGGAUAUUGAACCUUGUACAUGGACCUGAGCUUAUUGGCUCCCAGAUGCUUUAAAGAACUUAUUGGAAGUAUUGGAGCAUCAUAAUUUAGC